UGGCAGUCAGAAACAAACAAUACUUUGUAUAUAUUUAUAAGCAAAUCCACUUGUCCAUUAUUAUUAUUGAUAACAUGAUCAUGUCAGGAUCAGGAUCAGGAUCAGGAGGUUCAUCAUCAUUCCUACUACCAAUCUUUUGUAUUGUCACUGUGUACUAUGUUGUGUGGUUUGCUAUUAUCAAUGCUUCAUCAAUAACAUCUCAGCCCACUACAGCUCCCUCUGAAGUGACAGCUUUGAACUCUAUCUUUGAGCAAUGGAUGAUAAAGGCUGGCACUCAGCAAUGGAACAUAAGUGGGGAACUAUGCAGUGGUGCCGCCGUAGAUGACUCCAUCGACAUCGACGAUGAUGACUCAUUAAAUCCCUUGAUCAAAUGCAACUGCACUUUCAGCAAUGCCUCUCUCUGCCACAUUACUAAACUGAAAGUUAGUGGACUGGAUGUUAUUGGUCCAAUUCCAGAAGAACUAUGGACUCUUACCUUUCUCUCCUAUCUGGAUUUGAGCAGCAAUUUAUUGACAGGUUCUAUUUCUCCAUUGAUUGGAAACCUUACUAACAUACAAUACUUGAGCUUAGGCAUAAAUGCACUGUCAGGGGAGGUACCAAAGGAAUUGGGUCAACUUACUGAGCUAAUAAUUUUGACCUUCUCAUUGAACAAUUUCUCUGGUCCGCUACCGCCUGAACUAGGGAAUUUAAACAAGUUGGAACAACUGCUUAUUACGAGUUCUGGAGUUAGUGGCGAGAUUCCAUCAACAUUUGCAAAUCUCCAAAGCAUGCAAACAUUUUGGGUGGACGAUAAUGAGCUCACCGGCAAGAUACCUAACUUCGUAGGAAGUUGGUCAAAUCUUACUAGCUUGGCACUUUCAGGGAACUCUAUUCAAGGGCCUAUACCUUCAACUUUUGCGAAUCUAACUUCUUUAACAGAUAUGUGGUUGAGUGAAAUUUCUAAUGCAAGUUCUACUCUUGCAUUUCUCACCAAUAUGAAGUCUCUAUCAUUCUUACAGAUGAGGAAUAGUGAUUUCUCUGGCUCAAUUCCAUCAAAUAUUGGCGAGCUUAGAGAGUUGAAACAACUAGAUUUGAGCUUCAACAAGUUAAAUGGACAGAUACCAGACUCCCUAUUCAACAUGAGUUCACUUUCUGCUUUAUUUCUUGGAAAUAAUAGCCUAAAUGGUACCUUGCCUCAGAGGAAAAUUGCAUCUCUUCUCACAAUAGAUCUAUCAUACAAUAAUUUAGUGGGAACCAUUCCUUCUUGGGUCAACAAUCAACAAAAUUUACAACUUAACUUGGUUGGCAACAAUUUUAUUAUAGAUAAUUCAAAUAACAGUACUCUUCUUUUAGGAUUGAACUGUCUUCAAAGAAAUUUUCCAUGUAAUCAAGACCGUCCUCUCUAUUCUAACUUUGCGAUUAAUUGUGGCGGUAAAGAAAUUAAAUCUUCUGAUGGUGUUGUGUAUGAGAAAGAUGAUAAUCCUCUUGGUCCAGCUACUCAUUUUGUCACCAGCUCUAAAAGAUGGGCAGUAAGCAAUGUUGGACUUUUCUUAUGGACUGAAAAUGCUAAGUAUAUAAGUACAUCAUCUCAAUUCACAAGUACUUUAGAUUCAGGACUAUUCCAGACUGCAAGGCUUUCUGCUUCAUCAUUGAGAUAUUAUGGUUUGGGGCUUCAAAAUGGUAACUACAAUGUCAAACUCCAGUUUGCAGAAACUGCUUUCGAAAAUUCUCAGACAUGGAAAAGUAUUGGCAGACGUGUAUUUGAUAUUUAUAUCCAAGGAAAUCGCGUAAUACAAAAUUUUGAUAUAAGAAAAGAGGCAGGCGGGAUUUCUUUCAAGGAAGUCCAGAAGGAAUUUAAGGCACGGGUUUCACAGAACUACCUUGAAAUCCAUCUUUUUUGGGCUGGCGAAGGAACUUGUUGUAUGCCGGUCGUUGGUACUUAUGGACCUUCCAUUUCAGCAAUCAGUGCCAUUGCAGAUUUCACUCCUACCCUCCAUAACAUUCCUCCAACUUUGAGCAAAAAGAAGAACCAAACUAGUCUUAUUGUGGGGAUCAUUAUUGGGACUGCCAUUUUAAGCUUUUUAUCUGUUUUAGUGGCCUUCUAUGUUGUUCAAACUAGAAAGAAGUCUCAGAUGUUUGAUGAUGACGAGUUUUUGGGGAUGGAUGUUAAACCAUUCAUAUUUGGUUAUGCUGAACUAAAGACAGCUACAAAUGAUUUUGAUUCUUCUAAUAAGUUGGGAGAAGGAGGGUUUGGACCUGUCUACAAGGGAAUUCUUGAAGAUGGAAGUGUUAUUGCAGUGAAGCAAUUGUCCUUAACUUCUCACCAAGGAAAGAGUCAGUUUGUGGCUGAGAUUGCCACAAUAUCUGCUGUGCAACAUCGUAACCUCGUCAAAUUAUAUGGAUGUUGUAUUGAGAGACACAAACGACUUCUUGUUUAUGAGUAUAUGGAGAACAAGAGUCUUGAUCAAGCAUUAUUUGGCAAACAAAGCUUGUAUCUGAAUUGGCCAACACGGUUUGACAUUUGCUUGGGUAUAGCUAGAGGUCUAGCUUACCUUCACGAGGAGUCACGAAUUCGAAUCGUACAUAGAGAUGUCAAAUGUAGCAACAUUCUUCUUGACUCUUAUCUCACUCCCAAAAUAUCAGAUUUUGGUUUGGCCAAACUCUAUGAUGAUAAAAUGACUCACAUAAGUACAAGAGUAGCAGGAACUGUUGGUUAUCUUGCACCUGAAUAUGCUAUGCUUGGUCACCUUACUGAGAAAACAGAUGUCUUUGCUUUUGGAGUUGUGGCAUUAGAAAUUCUUACUGGCAGACCGAAUUCUGACCCGAGCUUAGGUGAAGAAAAGGCAUAUCUUCUUGAAUGGGCUUGGAAUCUAUAUGAAAACAACCGUGAAAUUGAGCUCAUUGAUUCAACACUAUCUGAAUUCAACAAGGAAGAAGUGAGAAGAAUCAUACAAGUGGCUUUUUUAUGCACUCGCACAUCACCUACAGCUCGCCCAUCAAUGUCCAAAGUUGUGGCAUUGCUUUCAGGAGACACUGAUGUGAACACUGAAGUUUCAAGGCCUGGUUACUUGGUUGACUGGAAAUUCAAUGAUGUCAAUGCUUUAAUGAGCCGAAUUGCACAAGGACCUGAUCCUACUUUAUAUUCAUUGGGUUCAAGUUCAAGUAAGGAAGCAGUUGCAGUACCACCACCAGGCGAUGGCUUAGCUCAUCCAGUGUUUCAAGAGACCAAUAGUGAAGUGAGUGACAUUAGUUGAUAAAAGAUAAUAGAAAAAUCAGCAUGUAAAAAAAAAUAUCAUGUUAUGUAUCAUAUUUACGAGUGUGUUCUCUCCAAAAAAGAUAAAUAUAUAAAUAAAUGUUCCAUUUAUGAUC